AUCUCAACUAUUAAAAACAUAAUCAUUUGAAAAUAAUAUUUAGUAGAUAAAUACAUCUGAUUAUCUACAUAAUAAUUACAAUAGAUUGUCACAUUUGAAAUGUAGAGUUGUUAUUUAUUAUAAAAAGUUAAAGUAAGCCAUGAAAGGAUUUAUCACUCACUUCUCAAUCAUAGCUCAAUUGGUAAAAUAUCGAAUACUGCGUGAAUGAAAACUAGCGGCUUAAGUUUGGACCCACUGAUUGUUUGUUUCUCAAUUUUAUUGAUCGUGAGUGUUUGUUAACAGAUGCUCUGACAAGUUUAAUUAUUCAGUCUUUUGAGAUGAAGAGUAUGAAAUUCUUUCACUAGCCCUUCCUCGUGUACAGACAGAAAUGAAAGCACUAAUUUUUAAGUAUACUCAAUCACAUACUCUAGACACUGGCAUACACUCGAAAGAUUUCAGCACAAAUUUUACUCAUGUUUUGUGCGAUACAGUAUGAUCUCGGAGAUUGCAUUUCGUUCAAUCUCACAGUGGGAGAGUAAUUUGGAAGUGUUAUAUUCACUCAGUUUUCUAAAGAAACACCAGUAGACUACUGGAACAAAUGAAAGGCUUGUUCUAUCGACACACAUCAAUUAUUGGAACUUUUAAACAUCAGGAUGAAAUGGUGAAAAGUAACAAAAAAUCACCUACAGAUUUUCGAACAUUUACUAUAACACAGAUUAAUUAUUCUUAAUUUUUCUAAAAAUGAUUAUUAAUAGCCUCAAACUAAAAAAAGUACAAAUAACAAGACAAAAUUAGUUCAUAUUUGAACUCCGUUCGAUUAUCAUGCAUGGAAUAGUUGGUCAUGUUGAAUUCUCUACUUAUUUAGUAUUCUCAUUUACCCUAGUGGAAAUCGAAGAGUUGAGAUACAUUCGGUAUCUGUGGUAUCGUCUAUAUACAAUACAGUUCUGAUAUGAAACAUGAUCAUUUUGAUGUAAAUAUUAUAUAGAAAUGUGGUCUGUUUUUAAUAUACAUAUAUGAUUAUCUUCAAUGAAUAACUUCAAGAAUUCAUUGUUUAAUAACUAUAAAACUUAAAUUCAUUUCUUCGAAUGGUCAAGUACAUGAUGAUUUCAGCUGAGACAAACAGGAGUUUUGUAGUAAUCAAGAGAAAACAGCUGACAAGCCUCUUUGAGGUUUCUACUAGUUAAUAGUAUUAUAUUGUUUGCCUUAAAACAAGUAAUGACUUUAUUAUAAAGGAAUCUUAGUGACGAUGAUAUCCAUUAUUAAAAUUUGAAGUUCUAAAGUUUAACCAACUAUAGUUAGUGAUUGCUCAUAUAUUUUUUCUCUCUCUCUCUCUUUAUGUAUAUAUGGCACCUCAUCAUGAAUAAAAAACAUUUUGACUGACGUUUAUCAACUUAUACCUAUUAUAACACUUAGUAAAUACUAAUGGAAACAGAAGGAUUGGAAAACGAAUUAAUUCAAUCAAUUCGACCUAGUUUAAAUGAAUUAUUACGAAUAUGGGAUUAUGUGGGUUAUAAUAAGUUGGAACGUUCACAACGUCUAAAACAUUUUGUUCAAAAACUUGAAACUGUUCUAUGCGAAGUAAUUAAAGAAGAGAAUUCUGCACGUCUUAUGAUGGAACAAAAAAUUGAAUUAAGACGUAGAGAAAUCGCUGAUAUGUGUCAACAAUUAGGUUUGGCACCAUUCCUACCUGAACGUGGACUUACUUCCAGUGAAUUAAUGAGAUCAUUGGAUGAAAAAGCGGAAGAAUUAAUUCAGCAAAAAAGUGCCCGAUGUGAACGUUAUUGUUGGUUACGAUCGAAGAUAUUACAUUUAGAUAAUUUAUUGGGUGGUGACCAAAUAUCGGAUAUAACAAAACAUAAGCUUGAUAUAGAUUUUCACACUACCUUCCCACCGAUUAUAAAAUUUUUUGGACAAUCGAAUUGUAUUGAUCAAAAUAACAUGGAUAAAAAUGGUCAUUCAAAUGAAUAUGAAAGUUUAGAUCCUUCGCUAAUUUCGUCUAUUCAAACAUUACCAGAUCAAAUAAAUAUUGAAAAGCUUACUAAAAUUUAUGAAGAACUACAAUCAAUUUACACACCUUUAGCUAAUCAACACGCUGCACUUCGUGAAGAUAUUGCUCGUGUAGCAGCUGAUAUUUUCUAUCAACCACAAUCAGAUAAAGAGGCUGAAAUUUUAACGAUUGUUGGAUUAAAACAUUUAUGCAAAAAUGGUAAUUCAAUUUCAACUCCUGGUGUAGUUAGACGAGCUAAUGAUGGAACAAAUUGUGUUAUGCCUAUAUCUACACCUAGUGAAAACUCAGAAGUCACUACAAAUGGUUUAGACAAUAAUCAUGAUACAUAUGAACCUGUUGUAAAUAAAGAGAUACUUAGAUGGUUAACUGAUUGGCGAUUAAGAUUAGUCAAAGAGAAAGCUCGUUUAGUUGGUACUUGUGAAGAAUUAAGAGCUUACCUGUUACAAAUGUGGAAACGAUUAGAUAAACCGGAAUCAGAACAAAAAGAAUUCCUGGAAAUGCAUUCUGGUUAUAAACCUGAAACACUGGAAGCACUUCAGGAAGAAGUUGAUCGAUGCCAACAAAUGAAAUGGGAAAAUAUGCAAACAUAUUUAACUCGUCUUGAAAGUGAAGCUCUACGAUUGGCUAGUUUAUGUUGUGUAGAUGAGAAAAUUAUUCAACUACCAAAUGACAGUGAUAAACAAGAUCCAGAAAUAUUAAUUAAUCACUUAGAGACUAUAUUAGAACAAUUAAACCAGACCUAUUAUUUAUAUCGUCCUGUCUAUGAAUGUAUUGCAGUAUAUGAAUCGUCUUGGAAACAAUUAAUUGAUGUUGAAGCUCGUUUAAAAGAUCCAUCAAUAUUUUCUAAUCGUGGUGGUAUUUUAUUAAAAACAGAAAAAGAGAAAAAACGUCUAUUGAAAGAAGUGGAACGUACUGAAAAAGAGGCAAUAUCAGCUAUUGAACAAUAUGAAUUGAAAAGUUCAUCACAUUUUCUCUUAUCUAAUGGUAAAACAUUUACUGAACAUAUUAAUGAAAGAUGGAAUAAUUAUAAAACACUUAAAGAUACAUCAAAAUCACGUCGUUCAAUUGUUCCAACCACUAGUAAUAAUAGUAAUUCAACUAUCAGUAAUAAUAAUACCGGUAAUACAACACGUCCAACUUCAGCUAAUCUAACAGGAUCACCUGUAGCUCACACUUAGUACUUAUUUCAUUGAAUGGAAAACACUAAUUUUUCAGUUUUUCCCAUUUCGUUGUACAUACACACGCAUAUAUAUAUAAAGUAAACGCUUACAGACAAGCCUUUACUUCUCAUAUACAUUUAAUUUUGUAGGCUGUGAAUCCAACUUUGAAAACACCAAUAAACAGGGGUUUACAAGAUUGACAGAUAAUGACAGGAACAUUGAAUAUGGUUUCAUAUGUAAAUUCCUAUUUUUCUUUCUUUUUCUUUAUGUUUUAUUAUAUUUCUUUACAUAGUUUUUAAUUACUUUGCUUAAUUUUGUUGUUUUUAUGUGUAAAAAGUGGUCAUUUGAAUCAAUAAUGGCUACCUACUAUCUAUAUACAUAUAUAUAACAUCAAUCAGCUGAUCUAAUAACUACUUUUCAAUAAAACAUGAUUGUAUUUAUCGACACUUAUUACCUAGUUGAGUUUAUUCUGAAAUGAGAAAUCAUAUUUAUCUCAUAUAAUCCUUUCUAUUGUGAGAAAAUAAUUUCGGUUGGGGUUAUUAUCUUGGUUGCUGUCCUCAGUAUACAUUCAAAAAAAACAGCCAUAGAAUGUGUGUCAUUCACUUAAUUUGAUGCUUUCAAUUUCUGUGAACAAGUUUAAUUCUAUUGUGCAAUAAAUAAAUUUGGAUUUUUGUUUGUUUCAAAUGUAACCUACUACUUUUUCUGUGUGUUGUUAUCAAUGAAGUAUGUUUUUUGUUUGUUUCACUUUCUUUAUAUUUUUCUUUUAUCUUAUAUGUGUGCAUGUGCAUGCAUGCGUGUGUGUGUGUAGAUGUUUAUCCUUGGUUCAAUUUGAUAAUUAAUUAAUAGUUCAAAAACCAUUUCAAACAUUCACUCAUUUGGUUUUCAUCCUUCAUUUCGAAUAAAUUGGCUUGUUGUAUACUAACUGACUUGUCGUUCAUGAACAGAAUAUAUUAGAAUAAUAAUAAUAAACACUGUUUUGGUUGUAGUAACUGGGGUGCUUUUCUAUUUCUAUGACUUUGAGUAGAAAUUAAUUUUAGUAGAUAAAUGUGUAAAUUAAUUCAAUUUUAAUCCAUCAGUUAUUUGAGUCGGCUUCCGGAGAACUUC